CGGCGCCGAGCUGAGCUGGCGGGGGACGAGCUCCCGGAUGUGGAGAAGCUGGGGAGAAGGCGUGGGAGGAAGAUGGACUCGGUGGAGAAGGGGUCCGCCACUUCCGUCCCCAACCCGCGGGGGCGGCCGUCUCGGGGCCGGCCUCCGAAGCUGCAGCGCAACUCCCGCGGCGGCCAGGGUCGCGGCGUGGAGAAGCCUCCGCACCUGGCGGCGCUCGUGCUGGCCCGCGGCGGCAGCAAAGGCAUCCCCCUGAAGAACAUUAAGCACCUGGCGGGGGUCCCGCUCAUUGGCUGGGUCCUGCGUGCGGCCCUGGACUCGGGGGUCUUCCAGAGCGUGUGGGUUUCAACAGACCAUGAUGAAAUUGAGAAUGUGGCCAAGCAAUUUGGUGCACAAGUUCAUCGAAGAAGUUCUGAAACUUCCAAAGACAGCGCUACCUCGCUAGACGCCAUUGUAGAAUUUCUUAAUUAUCACAAUGAGGUUGACAUCGUAGGAAAUAUUCAAGCUACUUCUCCAUGUUUACAUCCUACUGAUCUUCAGAAAGUCGCAGAAAUGAUUCGAGAAGAAGGAUAUGAUUCUGUUUUCUCUGUUGUGAGACGCCAUCAGUUUCGAUGGAGUGAAAUUCAGAAAGGAGUUCGCGAAGUGACUGAGCCUCUGAAUUUGAAUCCAGCUAAACGGCCUCGUCGACAAGACUGGGAUGGAGAGUUAUAUGAAAAUGGCUCAUUCUAUUUUGCUAAACGACAUUUGAUAGAGAUGGGUUACUUACAGGGUGGGAAAAUGGCAUACUAUGAGAUGCGAGCUGAGCAUAGCGUGGACAUCGAUGUUGACAUUGACUGGCCGAUUGCAGAGCAGAGAGUGCUGAGAUUUGGCUAUUUUGGCAAAGAGAAGCUUAAGGAGAUAAAGCUUUUGGUUUGCAAUAUUGAUGGAUGUCUCACCAACGGCCACAUUUAUGUGUCAGGAGACCAAAAAGAAAUAAUAUCUUAUGAUGUAAAAGAUGCUAUUGGGAUAAGCUUACUAAAGAAAAGUGGUAUUGAGGUGAGGCUCAUCUCAGAAAGGGCCUGCUCCAAGCAGACCCUAUCUGCCUUAAAGCUGGAUUGCAAAAUGGAAGUCAGUGUGGCUGACAAGCUAGCCGUUGUGGAUGAAUGGAGAAAAGAAAUGGGCCUAUGCUGGAAAGAAGUGGCAUAUCUUGGAAAUGAAGUGUCUGAUGAAGAGUGCUUGAAGAGAGUGGGCCUGAGUGGUGUUCCUGCUGAUGCCUGUUCCACGGCCCAGAAGGCUGUUGGAUAUAUUUGCAGAUGCAGUGGUGGCCGCGGUGCCAUCCGAGAGUUCGCAGAGCACAUUUUCCUUCUAAUGGAAAAGGUGAAUAAUUCUUGCCAAAAAUAGAAACCAGUAUGAUGUUGAGAAAGAAAGAACACAGUCUGCUUUAGCCACUUCCCUUUCAUUUUUGUUAAAUACAAUUCCAUGGUUUAGUGUUGCAGAGGGUGUGAUUUGAUUUGUGGUAUAUCUUGAUAUCUUUUAAAAGCAAAGUCUAAUCAAAUGAUCAUUCCAAAACCUAAGAGAUAAUUGUGCUCUACUUUUUUCUCUUCAUGCAAGGUAAUCUUUUAGAGAUUGAUCAUAGUCUUUCUCAGAUUUUUAGUAAAUGCAAGUACAACACCAUCAAAAUUGACUUUGUAUCGUUCCCUGUGAAACUGUGUAGUUGUGUGGUUCCAAUGAUGCUGGGGUUUUAUUUAUUGGAGACAGCAUGUCUGGUAAGACAUGCCCUUCCAUUAAUUAAUAAAAUUGCAUUUCACAAACUUGAUGAAAACUGCCUCAUUCU